UUCAUCGACCUGAACUUCUCUCUCUUUCUCGCUGUGUUUCUUUCCUCUCUCUCUCUAGUGCUUCUUCUUUCAGUAAAAAUCUAGUGGAAUUUGUGUAUCUGAUCUUCCUUAAUCUGGGUUUGUGCCUGAUCUACCUCAUCAUCAUAAAGCUCGUGCCUUUGUGACUCAGAGAGUGGAUUGAUUUUUAUUCUGAUAUUCUGGAUUGGGCCUCAAGAUGCCGUGGACAUCCUUAUUUGUGGAUUACAAUAACUGUGUUCGCUUGGCGGUGUUCUUUCAUGUGAUUCUGUAAUUUAAUUAAUUCAGGCAAGGUCUUCAUUGCAUUGCGAAGGAGCUUUUUCUGAGCGUUUUUUCUUUAUUAAAAUUGUGGGGGAGGAUUGAGGAUGUAUGUUGCAGUAACAAUAAGGAGAAACAGAGCUGUGACAGAAGCUGGGCAGAUUAAAAUGAAUGUUGGGUUCAUCGCACACUACCAACUAACGCAAGUUUGCCAGGCUGAGUAUUUCCGUCAGUUGCUAAAACCUGUUACGUAGUCUAGAAUCAGUUGUCGUUGGUUUAGGCAGUAUUUUCCUUGUAUUGGCAUCAUUUAUUAGAAGGCUGCAGAAGAGAUAAGUGCUGAUCGGAGGAAGCGGCCAUCCCUUUUGAAAAUGCACUCAGCUUAGUACCUACUUUCUUUCUUUCCAUUCCUUUAGCAGCUUCGGUCCGGCUUUGAGAUAGAACAAUUGCCAGUUGCGAAAGACAAGCCUGAAUUACUUGCCGGGGGUUUACUGAUUGGGAACCGAACUUUACCAUGCAGAAUCACAAAUAUUUUUACCCCGAGAAGUUUGUACUCCCUUUGGCACCUGAAGCAGUUGACACUUGUUUGCAUGCUCCUCUUGUUUCGGCCCUUGAUGCAGUUUUACCUUCUGGUGCCAGGCAGGUAACACCCUUUGAAAGAGUUGAACUGCAACCCUCUGAGGUUUGCCCAAAGAAUUUCAUUAUCUUCGAUCAGACUGAUAACCAAAGCAGAAUUAUGUUCCAUCCCGCGAUGGCCAACAAAUUUAGUGGUCCUGCCGUGAAUGUUCAUGCUCCCUGUAAUCGAGACUCUGACAAGAACAAAGCUAAUCCUGUUGAAGGAGAAUUAUCAUCUUUUGAAGAGGACUCUAAGGACAUUGACGCAUUGUUGAGCUUGGAAGGGGAGGAACUAGAAGACCAUGAUGAGGAAGAAGUCAGCACUGCGAGGACUAACGAAAAUUAUGAAAGUAUCUGUGACACUUGCUCCAGUUAUGGCUCAAAAUCAAAGAAGAGGUCAUCGUCAUCUGUUCGAAAGUCUUCUACGAUCCAUGGUCACUGCAGCAACCCUGAAAUUAAGCACUGGGAAAUGAAGAGAAUGAUUAGGGUACUGAGAGGGAUCGUGCCUGGAGGUGGUGACCAAAUGGAUUCUGUCACUGUUUUAGAUGAAGCUGUGAGAUACCUCAAGUCUCUCAAGGUGGAGUCUGAGAAGCUUGGAGUUGCACUCUGAAAAUGAAAGUUGGACACUUCAAUUGUGUUCCUGUGGAAAUAAUCGAAAUGUAUUGGCCACCUUCUAUGAAUAGCACUCCUUCCGGUCUCCCUCCUUUCUUGUUUCUGCUCGUGGGAAGAAAAUCUUGGAAAGUAAUAAAAUGACAGCUGGAAUUUCACAUGUUCAGGUCAUGUAAGACAAGAAAGUACAUUCAUUAUUGUACUCUUUGUUGCUGUUUGGCAUUGACUCUUCUGUUUUGCUUCUGUUUUGUAUUGAGAAUGAGGAAUGACUGUGGUUCUUCCCCCCUCCCUAAAAUUAUGGCAUGAUUGUUAUUAUCAAUGGUGUUUACUGUGUGAGAGUAAUCAUUAAACGGGUCUCUUCUCAUUUA